AUGUCUCGUGAAUUUGAAGACUUGCAAAGAAUUCUUGUUCUGUUUUUUACUCUGUUUUCACUUAUCUACAACUCCAAUGGCAAAUUUAUCCCUGAGGGAUCUGCAGCUUUCAGCUCAAGCGGUUUCACCGUUUUAACGAACACCUCGAAGCAUUCCUAUGGUCAAGCUUUCAACAACCCAUCCGUUUCCAUCAAGAACUCGUCUUUCAACAUCAACUUCUUCUUUGGAAUCGUCCCUGAGCAUAACCACCAAGGCUCAAACGGCAUGGCUUUCGUGUUCUCUCCUACAAGAGGCCUUCCCGGAGCUUCCUCCGAUCAAUACCUCGGAAUCUUCAACGAAACAAACAACGGUAAAACCUCUAACCACGUUAUAGCCAUCGAGUUAGAUAUACACAAAGACGAAGAGUUUGGAGACAUUGAUGAUAAUCAUGUUGGGAUUAACAUUAAUGGUAUGAGAUCUGUUGCCUCUGCUUCUGCUGGUUACUAUGAUGAUGAAGAUGGAAAGUUUCACAAUCUUUCUUUGAUCAGCAGAAAGGUCAUGCGACUUUCGAUCGUUUAUAGUCAACCAGAUAAACAGCUCAAUGUUACUCUAUCCCCUGCUGAGUUCUCUGUUCCGCCUAGAAAAUCACUUUUGUCUCUAAACCAAGAUCUGUCUAUUUUUGGCUUCACGGCAUCAACCGGAUCCAUUGGAGCACUUCAUUAUAUGUUGAAUAUGCUAAUUGCUCCAGGAGUCGACUAUCCAUCAUUGGAGCUUAUUGCAGUCCCCAUCCUUCCUCCUUAUCCGAAGAAACUGCAUGAUACAACAAGGAAGAUUUUAUGGGUCUGCUUAACACUGGCGGUGAUCGCUGCGUUUGUCGCCUCGUGGAUUGGUUUCGUCUUUUAUUGGAGGCAUAAGAAGGUUAAAGAGGUUAUUGAGGAAUGGGAGAUUCAGUAUGGACCUCAUAGGUUUGCUUAUAAGGAGCUUUUCAAUGCCACAAAGGGUUUCAAGGAGAAACAACUUCUUGGAAGAGGUGGUUUUGGUCAAGUCUAUAGAGGAACGCUUCCGGGUUCUGAUGCAGAGAUCGCUGUGAAACGAACUUCUCAUGAUUCAAGACAAGGUAUGAGCGAGUUUCUAGCCGAGAUAUCAACAAUUGGUCGUCUCAGACAUCCGAAUCUAGUCAGGCUUUUGGGGUAUUGUAGGCAUAAAGAACAUCUCUACUUGGUUUAUGACUUUAUGCCUAAUGGAAGCCUUGACAGGUACCUAUACCGUUGCAACACGGAUGAGAGUCAAGAAGGGCUUACUUGGGAGCAACGUUUCAAGAUCAUCAAAGAUGUUGCAUCUGCUCUGCUAUACUUGCAUCAAGAAUGGGUACAGAUCAUCAUUCAUCGAGAUAUAAAGCCGGCUAAUGUUCUACUCGAUCAUGAAAUGAAUGCGAGGCUCGGGGAUUUCGGAUUGGCGAAGCUGUAUGAUCAAGGGUUUGAUCCGCAGACAACUAGAAUAGCGGGAACGUUCGGGUAUAUCGCACCAGAGUUUCUAAGAAUAGGAAGAGCAACAACAAGCACUGAUGUUUACGCCUUUGGGUUGCUUAUGCUUGAAGUAGUUUGUGGCAGAAGGCUGAUUGAGAGACGUGUACCGGAAAAAGAACAAGUUCUUGUGGAUUGGAUCCUAGAGCUUUGGGAAGAAGGAGGUGACCUUCUUGAUGCGGUAGAACAAAGUAUACGUCAAGAACAAAACAGGGGACAACUUGAGCUUGUUUUGAAGCUUGGUUUGUUGUGUUCGCAUCAUGCUGAAAUGGUUAGACCGGCUAUGAGUUCGGUUAUGCGGAUCUUGAAUGGCGAUUCGCAGCUUCCGGAUAAUCUUCUUGAGGUUGUAAGAGAUGAGAAAUUGAGAGGAUGGCCUGAGAUAUCAACUGAAGUACUAGUUGAUGUGGAUUCGUUGGUGGUACUUUGA